AACGCAUCAUCUAUUAUUAGCAUUGUCACGUCACAGAGUGCAUUUGAUUCACGCCCUUACCCUCACAGGACAAUAAACAAAAGCUCAACAACACAAAAAGGGAUUGUUCACAAGCAGCGGCAUAGAUUCCAGGUUUCUUUCAAUAUUAUAUUAUUAUCUCACAAUGGUGAACACAUCGGAUUCCGACGAAGCCUCUUCCUCUCUCAUUCAGCACUUGCGAUCCGUGCUUCCCCAAGAUGGGUCCCGCGAUGCCCUCAUUACCUCGGUCAUUCCCAAGCUCCUCCAGAGCGUAGCCGACGUAGCCCAGGCCCUCCGCAGCUCCCACGACGUCGCUGCUGUGGGCACUGCCAACACGUUUGGCGAUGAUCAACUCAACGUCGACGUGGCAGCGGAAAACCUCAUCCGCGAGGCCAUCGCCCAAUGCCCGUCCAUCGUCACCGCCAGCAGCGAGGAAGAGCCCAUCGAGCGCGCCGUCCAGCACACCGUGCCCUCCUCCACCUCUUCCGCCCAAGAACAGUACACGCUCGCCUUCGACCCCCUCGACGGCAGCUCCAUCAUCUCAGCCAACUGGACCGUAGGCGCCAUCUUCUCCCUCUGGGACGGCCCGACCGCUCUGCACCAGGACCCAACCACGGGGCAAGUGGCCGCCAUCCUGGGCGUCUUCGGCCCGCGCACGACCGCCAUCGUCGCCCUGCGUCCCCCCAACACCAACACCACCACCACAACCCCCCCAACCUGCUUCGAACUCGCCCUCUCCCCCGCCCCCCCAUCAUCCCCCUCCCAACAACCCACCUGGCAGCUAACCCGCCCCACCCUGACCCUCUCCCCGACCUCCCGCUACUUCUCCCCGGCCAACCUGCGCGCCGCCGCCCACGCGCCCGCCUACAUGGCCCUCAUCACGCGGUACAUCGCGCAGCGGUACACGCUGCGGUACGCGGGGGGGUUGGUGCCGGACGUCGUGCACAUGCUGGUGCGCGGCGAGGGCCUGUACGCCAGCCCGGCCACGGCGCGCGACGGGCCCAAGCUGCGCCGACUGUACGAGCUGUGCCCGCUCGCGCUGGUGGUGGAGUGCGCCGGCGGCGCGGUGCUGGAUCCGGUUGGGGGCGGGCGGGUGUUGGAGAGGGCGGUGGGGGAUUGUGGGGAGAAGGGGGGGGUUGUGUUUGGGGGGGUGGAGGCGGUUAGGGAGGCGGUGGAGGGGUUGGUGGGGAUGGGGGGGUUGUGAUGGGUGAGGAUGGGGGUUACGUAUCCUGGGGGUUGUGAUGCGCGGAUAUCGGGGAGGCUUGAGAUGGGAGUUGUUUAAGAACUUGAUGAAAAGCGACGGUACUUUUCAACACCAAGUCGGUAGAUGGGAAAAGAGACCUAGACGUGGCACGACAAAAAAUAGAAAAAUAGGUUGAGGAGUGUCUUGACGGGAUCAUGUGUAUAAGCGGCCCAACGCGGUCCGGUGAGUGCAACGGUACAUACCAACUUCCCCACCUGCCGGCGCCGCACCGGUUGGUGGCUGCGGGACGACUAUGUCACGUCAGAGGUGCUUCCGGAUACAUGUAGGGUACUACAGGGCGAGGUUGGCCGCAAGGGGUAACUGACGGAAGCACAGGCUUCUAUCCCCCAUAACUAAAGUCACCUGCGUGGAUCGAUCACAAGAUGUAUGAAAAAAUAACCAUUCAACCAUC